UUUUACUAUAUUUAACUAUUUAUAUAAUGUGGAUUUCAACCAUAUUAGCAACUAUGUACUAAUUCAAUAUUAUAAUACUAUUAUAAUUAGAAAUGGUGUCAUGAUAUUCCUUCUCUUUACCGUUUUUACCAACAAUAUUUACUAAUCAAAUAGGAUUAAGGGUUACACUAACUAUAUAUGGAACUAUUUGGACAGCUCCAAACCAAAUAGGAUGACUGAGGCAACCCCUAAAAGACUAUCUUUGUCUAAUUUGAAUAGCCGUUUCACCAGGUUACAACAACACGCCGACACGAUUAGAGACCCUUUUAAAAAGAUAAUUAAAUACCCAACGCUUCCCUAGAGGCUUGAUAUACCCGCUUCUUGAGGAGUGCGCAAUAUCUCAGCAGAGAUGCCUUGGCCAUUUUCUGAGUCGAUAAAAAAGCGGGCCUGCAGGUACUUGUUGCACCGGUAUCUGGGCAACUUCCUGCAAGAGAAGCUGAGCCUGGAUCAGCUGAGCCUGGACCUCUAUCAGGGAACCGGAUCACUGGCGCAAGUCCCAUUGGACAAAUGGUCCCUGAAUGAGAUCCUGGAAUCGGUGGACGCUCCCUUUGAGGUGAUUGAGGGGUUUAUUCAGACAAUCUCCCUGUCUGUCCCCUGGGCCUCACUGCUGCAGGAGAACUGUGCUCUGGAGGUGAAAGGGCUCGAGGUGGUUUUUAGGCCAAGACCACGGAUGGCAUCCGGAUCUGAGCCGAUGUACUGGUCCAGUUUCAUGACAAGUAGCAUGCAGCUUGCUAAGGAAUGUCUGAGUCAGAGGCUGACAGAUGAGCAGGCAGAAGGGUUUCAGCCUCUAGAAGGGCUUGAGAAAUUUGCAGAAACCAUUGAAACAGUUCUGAGAAGAGUCAAGGUUACAUUUUUAGACACAGUCCUCAGGAUUGAACAUGUACCAGAAAACUCAAAAACUGGAAUAGCUCUUGAAAUGCGAAUCAGCAAAAUUGUGUAUUGUGAUGAAACUGGAGAUGAAUGCUCUGGGAUGAAUGUUCACCAGCCAACGAUGUUUGCUCAUAAGAACCUGCAACUUACUGGGGUCUCAGUUUUUUGGGAUGAAUUUUCAGAAGCUGCAAGAACUUGUCCAAAGUCCUCAACUCCGCAAACAGAAACAGAACCAAAGCUCUCUCCCAGCUGGAACCCCAAAAUCAUCUGUGAGCCGCACCCCCAGUUUACAAGAACUGUAUCUGAAGUGGCACCAUUCAAACCUGUGCAGAUUGGAUGUUUGAAUGGGAGAAUGGAACUCGGUCUUAUUCUUAAACAAAAUGAAGCACUUCCUGGAGCGAAACUGGAUGUAGAUGGACAGAUUGAUUCUAUAAAUGUGCUCUUGUCUCCACGCCAAGUGCAUCUGCUCUUGGACAUGCUGGGUGUCUUUUCAGGACCAGAGAGUUCAGAGAGGACCUCUCUCAGCUGUAAGGACAGGAAAAGCCGCCCAAUCCAGCAAGAGGACGAGUACCGGCUGCACAUGGAGCUGCACCGCUUUCUGAAGAAGGACCCGCUGGGUGCAGGGGGGCUGGAGGAGCAGGGCCUGUUUGAGAGCGAGACGAGAACCACGUCAAGUCGGGAAGAAGAUGUAUUCUUCUCUAUGGCAGAAAUGGAAAUGUCCCACAGUCUGUCCUCCCUUCCACCACUUGGAGACCCACCCACUGUGGAUCUUGAACUGUCUUUAAACAGUAACUACGCCAGCUCUCCCGGAGGAUCCCCAUUGGGUAAUGUAACAACGGUUUGGGAUGACUACCUGGAUCCUCCGAGACACAGGGAAAAACUGGCACAGGACCCUCCCUUCCUAUCAAGAGGGAUGCAGCCUCCUCAGAAACUGCUUCGACAGACAUCUCACCCAUCUAAACCUCACUCUGUGGAUGAAUCCCGGCCUGAGGUUGUGUUCAGACUAGCCCUGGGCAGCCUGUCCGUGUCUGUCCUUCAUAUAGACCCUCUGCCGCCCCCUGAAACAGCACUGAACCUCAACCCGCUCACUCCGAUGGCCUCCGAUUUCUUCAGCCGGAUUGAGAAAAUCAGUCCUGCAGAGCUCUGCAAAGGAGAUUUUCCACAUUUUCAUCCCAUUUUUGAUGAGGCCUGUCCUUACGAUCACCUGAGGUUCAUGGGAACUGGUAUCAAGGUAACCUACGAGCAGCGGCAGGGUUCCAGUUUGCGCAGUCUCAGUACUGAUGUGUCUGUGGGACAGAUUGAGCUGCUGGAGUGUCUAUUCCCAACAGACUCAAGGUCCAGCGCACCCCAGUACACAGAGCUUGUAACAUUUGAUUCAGACUGCCUCAAAGAAUCCCGUCCUCCAGCUUGUCUUCACCUUCUCUACAAGUUUUCUGAACGCAGGGGACCCCAGGGAAGUCAGGUGCGACUCAGCUCAUUGCCUCAGAAAGCUGAUUUUCAGAUAGAACUGGGUCCAGUUCAUUCAGAAUUAGAUAUUAGCAUUGUGGAUAGACUCAAUUCCUUACUGCAACCACAGAAACUGGUAACAACAGAAAUGAUGGCAUCCCACAUGUACACCUCCUACAAUAAGCAUGUCAGCCUGCACAAGGCAUUCACUGAAGUUUUCCUAGACGACUCGAGGACACCAGCAAACUGCCGGAUGUCUGUCUUGGUUAAUGUGCCAGUGUUAAACUUGGCCGUGCGAUUUCCAAUUCCUGACUUGAGGUCGGACCAAGAGAGGGGCCCCUGGUUUAAGAAAUCCCUCCAGAAGGAGAUUCUCCACCUGGAGUUCAAGGAUGUGGAAUUCAAAACCGAAUUCACUGGCGGAUCCUCUCCAGAACAAACUAAACUGGAGCUGACGUUUAAAGAACUGACUGGCAAGUUUCAAGAUGACCAUGACCAGGCAGCUGUCAGGUUCCUCAAAGUGUCACAUGGGAUGGAUGGGGACAUGGCGACAUCAGACAGUGGCAAAUUUGAUUGGCCAAGGAUCGUGUUGAAGGUGAACCCGAUGGUAGUGCACUCUAUCCUGGAGCGUGUCCCAGCCGAGGAAGAGGAGGAGGCUGAGGGGCUCUCCCCAGAGGAGGAGGAAGGAGGGGCGCACUCUUUGAAAGACGUCUGUGAUUUUGGAAAGCGAGAGCCCUCGCCAUUCUCCUCACGCAGGGUCAUGUACGAAAACGAGGAGAUGGUCAUGCCAGGAGAUGUGGCUGAAAUGACUGAAUUUCAGGAGAAGACAAUGAGCAAUUCACGCUACAUUUUAGAGCUGUCGUUGCCAAAUAUUGAAUUAGCCCUGCCGAACAAGGCCUUUUACGAGAAAUUGCACAACAGAAUCAAUAAUGACCUGUUGCUGUGGGAGCCGACCGCACCAUCUCCAGUAGAGACCUUUGAAAACAUGUCCUAUGGUGUUGGACUGUCAGUAGCGAGCCAGCUAAUCAAUACCUACAUCAAGGACAGUUUCAGCCAGUUUAGAUCAUCUGCCCCCGAUGAGGAAGAGAGUGGAUCGGAGGAAGAGACGAUGCAAUAUUACUCCACGGGAGACUUUGGGUUUAGGUGUCGAAGGAAGAAGAAUAAUGAGCCUCAGAACAAAACCUCCCAAAGUCUUUUCUCUGUCCUUCUGAGUGUCAACCAUGGACUUGUGGCCUUACAGACAGAUACCAAGCGGGAAGAUGGGACUGUGAUAGAAGGCAGGCAUGGAGAGUUCUGGUUAGAAAUUGAUAAUGGGGUUCUGUUCAGUGUGACUCGCUAUGAGGGCUAUGAAGACCAGCAUUACAUAUGUCUCCAUACCAACAGCCUGUGUCUGUAUCAUCAAGGUAUGUUAGAAGGAACUGUCCCCAGCACUGAAGUGAAGUUGCCCAGUAAAACCCGGCCUCACUGGUUGGAACCUACCAUUUACCGCUCUGAGGAGGGGUCCCUCAGCAAACGUUGCGUGCCUGAAGGUGCUGGAGGAGAGACUAUAAAUAUGCUGUCUGUGGCAGUGAAGAUCUACUCUGAGAACAUCGAGCGCAAUGUUAAGGAGUUCCUGAUCUCUGUCGGAGUGAAAGGAGCUACUCUUCAGCACCAGGUGGUGCCCUCAAGUAUCAGCUGGCAGGAGCAGAUUCUAGAUUUCCUGAAUGUGUCUGAUGAGCCUGUUUUGGGAUACACCCCUCCUGUUUCAGUCACCACCUUUCACCUUCACCUGUGGAGCUGUUCUCUUGAUUACAGACCACUGUACCUGCCAAUCAGAUCUCUUGUCACUGUGGAAACCUUUAGCAUCUCCAGCAGUGUCUCGCUUGACCGGUCCUCCUCCACACUCAGAAUCAUUCUGGAUGAAGCUGCGUUAUUUUUAUCAGACAAGUGUAACACCGUGUCGGUCAAUCUGAACAGAGAUUAUGUGCAAGUGGUGGAUAUGGGACUCUUGGAGCUGAGGAUUACAGCAGUUAAACCCGGAGUCAAUGGAGAAAUGACUGAGCCACGAUUUGAGCUGCGCUGCUCCAGUGAUGUCAUUCACAUCCGGACUUGCUAUGACUCUUGUGCGGCACUCAUGAACCUGAUCCAAUACAUAGCAAGCUACGGGGACCUUAUUCCACCCCCAGGAACAGAGACAAAAGCUGGGGGCUCUAAGCAACGAGGCAGGCCCGACAUCCCAAGCAGACCCCCCUCUCGGCCACUACUCCUCCCUGAAGCUGAGCAACAGAUCCUUCAGGACCUGAUGAGUGAAGCCAUGGAGGACACAGACUUCCAGCAGGCACGGUCCCCUGAGGACCGGCAGCCCAAUGGAGUCCAUGAAGGAUUCACACAGGCUCUCGAGCCACCUCGUUCAGAUCUCUUCCUGUUCCCAGAUGAGAGUGGGAACAUCUCCCAGGAACCAAGCCCACCCUUUACACCCUAUCACCACCCUCUGAUCUACGCAGCCAUGAGCGACGCUGCUCCAGAGAGUGAUGACUUUUGUAUUCUGGAAACUCCUUUGGCGGGCGCUGCUGAUCGUGAUGAGGAGCCAGUAGUGAACAAACUGACUUCAGAUUCUAUUGAGAUACAAGAGAAUCACUUUAGUAUCCCACUUGGGAGGACUGACUCGAAUAAAGGACCCUUGCACUUUCCUGUUCCAGAGGUCAGAUAUUUAAUAAAGGAAAUCUCAAUCAUCUGGCAUCUCUAUGGGGGCAAGGAUUUUGCAGGUGGACCAGUCCUAUCAUCCCCAGCCAAGAGUCCUGGCUGCACUCCUCACAGCUCUCCCUCACAGACCCCAGUGAGACAAAGUCGAGUUGCUGGGCGUGCACAUGGAGGCAGGGGGAGAAACCCAGAUGUUCUGAUGGAAAUACAGCUGAACAAGGUGAAGUUCCAGCAUGAAGUUUACCCUCAGAGUGGGGCGGACAGGGAGCCCAGUUUAACAGAGCAGCCAGUCUCCCGGCAAGUGUUCAUCGUCCAGGAUCUGGAGAUCAGGGACCGUCUGGCCACGUCACAAAUGAACAAGUUCCUCUACCUCUACUUCAGCAAAGAGAUGCCCAGGAAGGCCCAUUCUAAUAUGCUGACGGUGAAGGCUUUGCAUGUCUGUCCAGAAUCAGGUCAAGCCCCACAGGAGUGCUGUUUACGAGUCUCUCUGAUGCCAGUGCGCCUCAAUAUCGAUCAGGAUGCAUUGUUUUUCUUGAAGGACUUUUUUGCUAGCAUUGCUGCUGAGGUGGAGUUGUUGUCUCCAACAGAUCAAGAAGUAAAGAAACCUCCAGCUCCAGACCUCACCUGCAGCUUCCCCAAACACAUGAGUGGUAGUCUGGACCCAGCUCCAAUCAUCUCAGUGCCAGGACAAGGCAGACCGAGCCAGAAUGGGUUACCAGGUUCCAGCAGCACUGAAAAUGGGGAGGCCGAAUCUUCACAUGCAACAUCCUUCACAGACCAGCGAAUCUUCUUCCGAGAGUUUCGUUUCAUCUCUGAAGUGCCCAUUCGUUUGGAUUAUCACGGGAAGCAUGUGUCAAUGGAACAGGGCACAUUUGCUGGAAUUGUGAUUGGUUUGACUCAGCUGAACUGCUCUGAGCUGAAACUGAAGAGGCUUUGCUACAGACAAGGAUUGCUGGGUGUGGAUAAACUGUUCUCCUAUGCAAUCAGUGAAUGGCUGAAUGACAUUAAAAAGAACCAGCUACCAGGAAUUCUGGGAGGAGUGGGCCCUAUACACUCCUUGGUACAAUUAGUUCAGGGCCUGAGGGACCUUGUGUGGUUGCCAAUUGAACAGUACCGCAAGGAUGGAAGAAUUGUCAGAGGGUUUCAACGUGGCGCUGCAUCCUUCGGUACAUCUACUGCCAUGGCAGCUUUGGAGCUCACUAAUCGGAUGGUGCAGACAAUUCAGGCUGCAGCAGAGACAGCCUAUGACAUGGUGUCUCCUGGACCUGAUGAAAGCGAAUCAAAAAGAAUCAAACGAUUCUCUCAUUACCGGUUGGCUCACCAGCCAGUGGAUCUGCGUGAGGGCGUGGCCAAAGCAUACAGUGUCGUCAAAGAGGGGAUUACAGACACAGCGCUGACAAUCUAUGAUACCGCCACACGGGAGCACGAACAGAGAGGAGUGACUGGGGCUGUGGGGGGAGUUUUGCGACAGAUUCCACCUGCUGUGGUCAAACCACUCAUUGUUGCCACAGAGGCCACCUCCAAUGUUUUGGGUGGCAUGAGAAAUCAGAUUCGACCAGAUGCCCGUCAGGAGGAAUCCCAGAAAUGGCGAUUAGGGGAGGAGUGAAAAAAAAUACAUAAUUAUAUGUAUGGCAACUGAAAGAAUAUAGAUCCUAACAAUAUCAUUUCAUCAUCAAGUACCAAUAGUACAUGCUGGUUCUGUCAAACCUUCUGUUGAUACAAAACCUAUAUUAAUGCACCCCAACAGGUGUGUGCUCUACUAACCCCAGCUCAUAUUCCUGAUACUCCACAGCCGUGCCUUUCUGUGAGCAUGAGGAUUACUGUAAAUGCUAUCUUGAAACAGCUUUACGUACCUGUAGGCCACUAUUGUGCAUUUGCCUUUCUUUAAAAUUAAAGUCUGUGCUGAUUUACCAGACCCCAAAGGGUGCAGGUCUAGAUAAAAUGCACUGGCUUUGCGGAAAAGAAUAAAAAAACAAUUGCUUUCAUAAAUAGCCUUUAAUGAACUCCCUUAUGGUCAACCGUAAUUGUGAGCUAUACCAGGUAAUACCUAUAAAUUUAUUUAAAAUAUUCUUCUAGUGCUGUGUGCUUACAAACAAUGACCACAUACAGCAUCAGCAGAAAUCCUAAUGCAAUGCAGAGCCAUACAGCCAUGCUGAAUUCAAAAUCAAUAUAUAUAGUGAGAGACUGGACAUUUUUUGCCUUUUUGAUCAGCAGUGUGUAUGUAGACAAAAAAUGGCAAAGCCACUACAGAUAUAAAAAAAACAGAAUAAUAUAAAUGAUAUUGUUUUCUGAGGAACUGAAUAUAUGUUUACAAGCUGUUUUGUAAUACAAUGUGCUUAGUGAAUGUUAUGAUCAAUCACAGUAAGACCUGCUAACUGGUCAUGUGAAGGAUUGUUAUUUAAACCGCUGCUUGGAUCAACCUUUCUGUGUAAAGUGUUUGCUUGACAUCUCGGUUUGUCCAAAUGAAGCAAAAAGAGAAGGUCCAUGUGCAUCUUCUUUGUUUAUAUUAACAUGUAUUCUGUAAUGUGUCUUUAAAGGGAUUAUUGUUGUGAUAACAACUAAAGUCUUAUUUAAAUCAAUAAAUAAACAACCGCUAUCCUAAUCUACUUUCCCACCCCUGUUAAAAACUUUCCUUAAAAGGUCCCCCUCAUCCUGUCCCAAGCUCUUUCUUGUAGGUUUACUGCACCGUCCAGUUUGAAGGGUUUUAAAGGACACUAAAUAAUACAAUCUACAGCACAUAUGUUUUUGCUUUUUUCAUUGUUUUUUUAUAUUGUGUGUAAUGUGGGAAAAGCAAGUGAAGCCGGUUAGAAUGUUGUGUAGUUAUUGUACACUGCUUUAAAUUGUAUUGCUUGUAGCAUACAUGGCAAUUCUUUUCUUAGUAUGUUAUGUACAGAAUUUAGGAUUUCACCGCUAUUACUGCCUGACAUAUUACCAAGCAUAUUAAAUAUCAUGUACACUUUGCUUAAA